UUAUCAAGCCAAAGAGGCGCAUGUUUGAUUUUCCGACUUCACGCAUUUGCUGUAUAGCAGCCAUGCUAAUUUUUCAUUCUAAUCAUAUAUACACCCUGGGAUUUGGACGCAAGUACACAUUUUAAUGGAGAAAAUCAAAGUUUUUGACCUAAUGAUAAAACUUGGACUUAUUUGGGUUUUACUUUUCCCACAGGCAAAAUCGUCACCAGUCUGUCAUCCUAAUGUUCGCCUUAUGAGAGAGGAAGAAAAGUGCAUGAAAGAUUUGCUACUUUCAACAUCAUACAAAACAGCUGAAAACAACAGCGUACACUGCAAAGGAAUGUGGGACGACUUGAACUGCUGGCCACCGGCUUUUCUUGGGGAAACUGUUUCACAACCUUGUCCAGAGUUUUUUAAUUCAGGAGGUAAAGUGCAUCGCAACUGCACAAACAAUGGCUGGACAGACCUGCUCAUUCCACACGAAGAUGCUUGUGGCUACUCUUUCAAUGAAAGUCUCUUAUUUCUUGGAGAGUCCUCAGACAGCCACUUGUAUUUCUCCUAUGUGAAGACAAUGUACACAGUUGGAUACACAAUUUCCCUCAUCUCUCUCAUCAUUGCCAUCACCAUAUUCUGUGUGUUUAGGAAACUUCAUUGUACCAGGAACUACAUUCACAUUCAACUGUUCAUUUCCUUCAGCCUGAGAGCCAUCUUCAUCUUCAUCCGAGAUGCUCUGCUCUUUACAGAUGAAGAGAUUUAUCACUGUGACUACUAUCCGGCGCCGUGUAAGGUCGUGCUGAUGUUUUCCAACUACUCCAUCCUUGCAAACUACAGCUGGCUGCUGGUGGAGGGCCACUUCCUAUACACCCUUGUUAACCGCUCCUUCUUCUCCCUGAAGAAACAUCUGGCCUGGUACAUCGUCCUCAGCUGGGGUUUGCCACUCAUUGUGAUCAUCUCCUGGGGGUGUGCAAAAUAUUUUUAUGAAGAUGAAGGAUGUUGGGAAACCAGGAGGCAUGAAUGGAUUUGGUGGAUACUUCGAGUGCCAGUUCUUCUAACUAUAUCUAUGAACCUCAUCUUUUUCAUGGGGAUUUUGAGGAUACUGGUGAGCAAACUCAGAAUGCCAGAUGCACAGAGAAACGAAUUAAGCCAGUAUAAGUGA